AUGUUCGCCCGCACCGCUAUCCCUGCUUUCCGCGCCGCUUCGAAGCGUGCCUUCUCCACCCAGGCCGCUGGCGUUGCUGGCAACGCCUCGGCCCGUCGCUACAUGGGUGCUGCCACCCUUGUCGCCGGUGGUGCUCUCGCCUACUCGGCCUUUGCCACCCCUUCCGUCCACCUCGAGGGCCCCAAGACCAUUGCUGGCGAGCUUGGUACCGCCACUGAGCGAUCGUACGUCAUGAUCAAGCCCGACGGCACCUCGCGCCAGAUCGUCGGCGACAUUAUUUCUCGCUUCGAGCGCAGGGGCUAUAAAUUGUGUGCUCUGAAGAGCGUCGUUCCCUCGCAGGAAUUGGCCAAGGAGCACUACAUCGACCUUGCCAAGAAGCCGUUCUACGCCGGGCUGGUGUCGUACAUCACCUGCGGCACUCCUGUCAUCGCGAUGGUUUGGGAGGGCAAGGAUGUGAUCCGCCAGGGCCGUCGCCUGGUGGGUGCCACCAACCCGCAGGACGCUGCGCCCGGCUCGAUCCGUGGCGACUACUGCGUGUCGGUGGGCCGCAACAUCAUCCACGCCUCGGACUCGCACGAGUCGGCCACCAAGGAGAUCGGCCUGUGGUUCCACGAGAAGGAGCUCGCUACCGAGUACAAGCCCAUCGCCUGGGACAUGAUCAUGGCCGACAACUAA